UUUAAGGUACAGCAUGAAGACAAAGCAAAUAUGUUCAUGGAUGAUGGUGUGAGACGUGUGGAUUAUGUCCUUGUCUAUGUUGUGGAUACAGAUGAGGCAGAUGAAAGACAGAAGGAAAUGUGGAGGAAAAAUUUCCAAGGAUAUCUCGAGAAAGAAGGCCUUCAACUUGAGAUUUCAGCAAAAGAGGUGGGACUUUUGCCUAGAAGUAUUAAGCACAGGGUGUUUUAGAAAAUAUAAUUUAAUACAUUUGGUGCGUUUAAGAACAAGUUUCCUCUUCAUUUUCAUGACUUUUCAUGAUAUUCUAAAUAAUAAAUUUCUUAACAUAUCAAAGUUAAUCUGCUUUUGAUAGCUGUGGUAAUGCAGCCAUUACAUCUUCCAUGGGCGCAGGAAUCAUUUAAUUAAAGUUUUUAGUUGGUUCUAUUGUGUUCUAAGAUAGUUUUAAGAAAGGAAAGAUAAUUCUUUUAAAUUUGCAAAAGAUGCUAAAGCAAAGCAUUAAAAACAAUACAAAAAUAUUUUCUUUCUAAAAAAAAGUUAAAUAAAAGUAAUAUGGAAAUUGGCCUGAAAGUUCAUGAUUUAUAUCAACUAUAUUAUAAAUAAGGAUCUGGGGUGAUAAGCUGUGACUCAUUAAUGAAACAGUAAACAAGGAAUAUAAAGUCUAAUGAUCUUUUCGGAUUACAUAAUAUUUCUGAGCAUAAUCCACACUUGAAAUAUUCUUAAAAUUAUUCCAUUUAUUAUUUUUACUAUGAAAGACUUCUCCGUACAUAAUAGUUUGGUAUCUUUAUUAAAAUUUAAUCAUACAUUAUGAAGUCCAUGUUUAUGUUAUUUAACAAGCCAUUAAUUCAUUAAUUUCUUGGUCUUUAAAAAUAAAAAUAUAUUUUCUUCUUAUUUCAAAACAUCUCAGCUUGUAAAAUUUAAUUCUUAAAAAGCUUGGGACAAAAUCAUUUUAAUGAUCAAGUUAUUUACAUCUGAAAUUUUGAAAAUGAUAAAUGUAUGAUUUGUGUGUGGCCAUUGUCAUUUUUUUCAAUAGAAGAGACUAUUUAAAAGUUUAACAAUCCAUCUAUAAACAAGAUACCUCAGUUAAAUGGUUUCCCAUUCGUUACAUAGUUAUCUCCCAUUUCAUCCUGUCAUACUGGGUACCCAUUGGUUAAAUAUUUAGCUCCCAUUUCAUUAUGUUAUACUGGUUUCACAUUGUUUACAUAGCUGGUUCCCAUUUCAUCAUGUCAUACUGCUUUCCAUUGGUUACAUUUUUACAAUUUGUUCCUACGGCAUCAAAAUAACUUGGUGAAGGGAUAGGUGAUCAGUUAUUGUAGGCCAAACAAUAGAAGAAACUAUUGUAGGUGAGUUGGUUUGUCUUACUCUGAAUAUUAGAUACAGAGGGGAUCACUGUCUCCAGCAUGUGCUGUGUUCACUAGACACCCAGUUAUUUUACUUAAGUUUGGUUUUGUUCAGUUAUCUGUAUAUUAUUAUUAUUAUUAUUUUAAACAUGGUUAUUAAUUGGGCAUUUUUCAGGCAUGAAGCUUUCAAACAUAUGGCAGCCUUCGGAUAUGAAACUUUCAAUAUUUAUAAUGUUAAAAUGUACAUGAUAACUUUGCUAAUCUGCUGGCCCACUUAAUUCUUUAGUUUCUUAUUUUUUAAAGUUUGUUGCACCUGAUUGUAUUCAGAUAGCAAAUGGUGUUAGCUUCUCACUGAGAUAUCCAAUAACCUCGUUUAUUAGAGGUAGUAGAGAUUUUAUAAAAAAUAUAAAAGGAGACACUUUCCUGGGAAGUUUUUCACUUAAAAAUAUAUAUCUUGAAAUGUAUGUUGUGUAUUUAAAUCUUAGUUGGGUUGCAUGUUGUAAGAAGUGUAGCUGUUUCCCUUUACCUGUUUUGUGAUUUUGUUGGGUUUUUUUGUUGUUUUUUUAAUGGUUCCCCAUGUUUUAGUGAUGGCUUUUUUAUUUAAGCUGCACUGUAUUUUAUCUGAGAUAUGUAUAUAUAUAUUUAUCAGACUUGUAGUAAAUGGUCUACUUUUGUUGCUUCUUAACAAAAUAUUUUCAAUUAUGUCAAUAGCUGUAUUUACAGUCUACAAUUAAUGUACAAUUAAGCUUGUUUAAAGCUGUGGAUUUAUUGAAUUUAAGGGUUUUUUUUAUAUAACAAAUCUUACCCAACUAAUCAUCUGUUUAACCAAAGCUGGAUUUCCUUCAAUUUAUUUCAGAAUUAGAUUUUUUUUUACAAAUCAACUUAUAAAUUAUCUUUUUAAAAGCAACAAAAUACAUACCUUUUAUUGUUUUAAAAAUUUAUUUUGAUUUAUGUAUGUUUUGUUUAAUUUAAUAAUCACAUCAAAAGAUAUUUUAAUAGAACUUUACAAGAGCUGAAUAUUUUUUUAUAUAUGUUCAUGUUUUCUUUUAAAAACUAAUGUCAAUAUAUGUUUCCAUUGUGAAUUAUUUUUUAACCUUUCAAAAAUGGAAUGUUUAGAAAUUAAAGUAUUUUUUCUGCUAACAUUUAUUUUAUCCUUUAAUAUUUCUUCACUGAAACAUUGUCAUUUUUAAUUAUUUUUUUUUAGCUUUCAUGUAAAUGAGCAAAAAAGAGUUAAUGCAUUUAAAAUAUAUAAAAGUAAUGAGAGGAGGAGGUGCUUUUUAUUUUUCACUUCAAUUUGUUUUUCAUCAGACAUUUCACAUAAAAUAUUUUUUUUUAAUAAUUAACAAUUAUUUUUGUGUCUUUUUCCACAGAGUAGCAACAUAUUAGAUAAAAUUAAAGUUAGAAAUAUUUUUGCCAAAUGUUGUGCUAAACCACAGAGAAAGCAGGAUAAAAAGACCUAUUAUGUCAAAGUUCAUGCACCCUGGGAUGUGCUGGCCAAAUAUGCUGAGAUAACAAAUAUGAAAAUGCCUAUAGCAGUGAGUUAUUGCUGUUUUUUAACUGUUUAGUACAUGGGUUAAAAUUAAACCAAUGUAUUAAAAAGAGUAAAUCUCAAAACAUGAAUUUACAUAGUUUUUGUUUCUAGGAAAUUAGACAUAGAAAACAUUUGUCAACUUACUAUACAAAUGAGACUGGCAUUGGCUAUAUAUAAUUUAGAUUAUGUUUAUUAGUUUCAGCAAUAGUAACAUGUGUGCCUAAGACUAAGAAUGUUUGCCUCUCACCUAGGCUAGUCAUAAGUCUAGUUAUAGACAUUGCAGUAUGUUUCAGCUUAUAGAUUCUAUGCAUAUUUCAAAUAUUCAUACUUGUUCAGAGUGAAGACAUUAAUUUAAUUGUUACAACAUCUUUCAGGAUAAUGAUAUGGUUGCUAAAUUUGAAACAUGCUGGUCCAAGUGUCCAACACCAUUUGACCACAAAGGAGUACUCCCUGAAAUACCGGAUUACUUUACAGCUCCCUUUUCAAGAGCCAGGAUAGAUAAGUAGGUUAAAUUAUAUUUAAAUGUGUUGUUCUGCACAUCAUAUAAAAUUGCAGACAGAAACAUUUUAUAUGUGAACCAAUUUUUAUUAGGAUUGUUCUUAAUAUUCCCUGCAUAUUACUGAAUAGAUAUGUUAAAUAAACUUGUUUUAGGCUGUACUGAAUAGUCUUUUUGCUGUUUUCAUGAAACAGAAAAAUGCAUUUUUAUGAGAAAACAUAAAUCUUGCCAAAUAGCAUUUAAAAACUAUUUAAAUUUCUGUAAAGCAUUGUUUGCAGCCAUGAAUUUAAAAAAAAAACAUUUGUAGCUUUAGGACUUCUAAUAUAGACCAUUAGGAGUUUAUUGUGAAUUUUAAAAAGACAGAGUAGAUUUUGUGAACAAAAAAUAUUAUUUCAUAGCAUUCACUCAGUAUUCAUAGUGGGAUGUGAAAAGUUAGAGGGGAAUAUUAUGUUUAUUUUGCAGAAUUCUCCUUUAAAUUAAAUGUACAGCUAUAAUCAAAAUUCAAAUAUUUAGGCCUACUGGUUUAUACAUUCUACACAAAUUAGGUCUACAUUAAGCUUGAACUGCUACAAGUAAAUGAUUCAAGUGUAAAAUUAAUCUUUUUUUAUUUUUUUAAAUUCCUGAAAAUCUCUAAGUGAUCUUGAAAUAUCAAGUCUAAAAUAAUCUUGGGCAAUGCAAAUUUGAUAGAAUAAGUUAUUUAGAAUCAGUUAUUUAUUUAUUUCAUUAUUAGAUCACAGCCAAAAGCUCUCAACCCAUACUAUUAACUUGUCUACUAAUAAUUGAGUAAAAGCUGCUUAACAAUGAAAUUUCAACAAUUUUUUUUUCAUUUCUUAUGCACUUUGAAAAAUCAUAUUUUUUCAUUUCAUUUUUAAUAUUCAUGAGAAAAGAAUAUUCACAACUCAUUCAUAAUAUAUUCAAAAUGUUAUUAGAUACUUUUUCUUUUUCUUCACAAAAUACUUAUCAUUUGCACCUUUGUAAUGUUUUAAAAAAAAUUGUUUUUAUUUAAAUUAUAAUUCCUCUUUUCAUAUUAAUUUGCACCACUAUACUUCCAGAAGAGAGUAAGACUAGAAUCAUUAUGUCAUGGCAAUACAUUGUAGUUGUACUGCUGGACUGAAUUGCUAUGUUCUUUCUUUUGUAUAAAUCUUCUCUAUCCUUGUUUUCUCCUUUUUUUUAUUAUUUGUUAUACUUUAAAUAUUAUUCCUAAUAUCUUGUGAUUUUACUUUUCCAUAUAUAACAUCAAAUAACUUUAAAAACCUCAUUAUGUUCUAAAAGUAGUUAAAUUCAAUUCUAUUUCUAAAAGAUAAUAAUUUACUUUCAAUAUAUAUAGAGUAAAGGGCCUAUAUGAGUGUAAAAUUUAUAGUAAAGAAAUAAGAAAUAUUUUUUUAUAGUUUUGGAAUAUGUAGCAAUGGAUUUUUUUUUCCUAUUAUGACUAUUAGUCUGUUAUUUUAGCAGGAUGAUGUAUUGGGCAAAGUUAAUUAACAAUUCCUUUAAAUGCCCAGCUUCCCUUAAUACCAGGAUGGAAUGAUUCACUUUCAUUGACUCCUUUUCAUCACUGGGCCAUUUCAACACCAGCCGUUUCCUUGAUAAAGAUAUAAGAUUGGAACACAAAAGUGAUAAUAUAAAUUUAAAGGUGCUUAAAACAAGUAGAAUAUUCAAGAACAUAUAUAUAUUUAGCUUAAAUAGAUUUAACGAGUCUCUCAUAUACUAGAGGUGCUACAUAAAACCUGUAUGUCCUUGUGUAAUUAAGUGUCAUCUGUUUACAUCAAUGGUUGUACAAAAUAUACCCAAUGUAUAUGGGUUUUAUUUGGCCCAGCCUGUAUAUUCGAGAGUUGGAUGACACAAGUGAGGUCAGUUCAGCAUACAAUUUGCUUGUGGAUUAAGAAGAUAAACAGUCAGGGGAUCUGUGCUCGGGUCAUUUAUUUGCAAAACACCUCCAUAAUAUUGUUGCUCAUAAAAUCUUUGCUAUAAUUUAAAAAAGACAAAUAUAACUGUAACCUUAAAAUUUAAGCCAAAAACCACUCCAAUCAAAGUAGGGACUUUUGCCUUUAGUACUUUUGUUGGGAGGGAAGGAUUUUGUUGAGCAUCCUGGAUGCGUUUUAAAGUGUUAAAAAUAUCAAUUUUUAAAAUAACACAUUAAGUCCACUUCAAUAUCUCCACAAAAGUGAUUAUAUGGAAAAAAACAACAAAAACACACAAUCACUUACAUUUACAUGGAUAGAUUUUCUCAAAAUUUUUCAACUUUUAAAAUCAUCGGUGCACUUAAAAAAAUCACCUUUUCUAUAAAUAACUUUUUUAUAAAUGUUGGCGAAAUGGCUGUGCACAAAAUUGCCAACUGCAAAAUUGCCCUUUUAUGAAAUGGCCUGGGGGUGAAACAACUGAUGGCAAAUCAUCAUAGAUCCCCUUAAAACUACUUUUUUAUAGUACAAUUUAAUAUUUUAAACUUUAUAUAUUAAGGAUCUUUAAACUAAUAAAAAUGUUACAACUAUAAAGUUUUGUAUAUUUGACUUUUUCCAUGAUUCAAAUGCCAAUAUUUUUUUUUAAAUUUUCUGAUGAAUAUUUGUUUAUAUAUUGUAAUCCUUUUAUUUUUUUCCCAUUUUCUCUUGGCUUCUCUCUAUUAUGUAAUUUUUUUUAAAAAUGGUUAAGCUUUUGAGUUAAAGCAAUAUAAAAUAACAAUCUCCUUUAGAGCUAUAAAAAAAGCUAAAAGAAAAGUCUUAGUCUAUGAGGUUCCCAAAAGUAACAUCUACUAAAUGGGCCCAAUACUAAUAGCCGUGAACUACCUAAUUUAUAUAAGGAGAAGUAAAAAAGCUUGCAAUAAUUCAUCUUUUGAUAAAAAUGCAACCUUAAAUUAGGUUUGGCUUCAUAAUUCAAAAUGACUCUUGAGAUGCGGCAAAUUCACUUGCACCUUAAAUGGCUAUGCUACUUGUAACCUUCUAGUAUUGGUAGGAAAUCUAUCACCCACCCCUUUUACCUUUCUAGCUUGUCUGUAGGUGGUAUUAUAAUUAACUAAAUGGAAGUAAAUGUCAAAUCUUAAAGUAUUUUUAUUAACCACCCACCCCGCUUUUCAUGUUGAUUAACUUACUUAAACUGCAGGGUAAAUUAGUUCUAUAGCUAUUUAUUUGUAAAUUGUAUUCUCUCCCUUAUUGUUUGGACCUUACAUCCAGAUAUUGUACCGGUACAAAAAUUUUAAAUCUUGCUUAUUCAUCUUUGCAGCUAUCUCAUAUCUCUUUGCUUAAAUGCAACUGGUGAAAUUACAAGAUUUGUUCUUUUAUUAAAUGUAAAUUAUAAUUAAUUAAUUCUUGGAUAAACAUGGAUGUUUAAAGCUUUAAAAUCCUAAUGACAGACCUUUGUGGCAAAGACCAGAUGCAUGUAAUUCGAAUGAUUUAAAUGCUAUAGCCUAGAUGAGCUAAGAAGACAUAUCCAGAUAAAUUUGUAGAUUUGAAACAUGCCAGUAAGAUAGGGCCUUGUAAAAUAUUUAAUUAUACUGAAAAAGAGUUAAAAAAAAUCUUAUUUUUCUGCAAAUCUCAACUUCUCAACAGAGAUUUAACUUCUCUUGUCAUUCUCAAGAUGCUAGUUGUUUCCAAUAAUAUUAUAUAUAUAGCCUUGCAUUUAAAGAAAAACAUAAUAAAGAAUCAAUAUCUCCUGUACUUGUCGUUUUAUAAAAAUCUGAUAAAAUUGACAUUUUAUAUAUAUUGAAGAAAUAGAAAGAAGUCCUUAGUAAUUAAAAAAAUUAUGGCAAAGCAAAAAUGAAAUGUGCUGGAUGAAAUUAUUGGAUUUAUUACAUUUGUAAAAUAAUUUUAAAAGCUUUAUUGGUAUAAGACGCAAUUAAGAUAAAUAAUUAUUUUAAAAAUUUUUAAGAGAUCCAUCCAUGGGAUACAUUAAAAUAAUCUUUAUCCCAAUGUUGAUUAUUUGUCUAAUAACUUCCAAUUUUAGAUUUAUCAUUGGGGACAAGGACAAAUUUUUCUCACCUGCCCAGAGAAGCCUGCUGACCUACCAAAUCUUGUCUAGGGCAAUUUUGGAAGAUGUGGGUGAUCCAGCUAAGAAUAAGUUUGGUAAUUUUGACUUUAAUACAUUCACAGAGCCUAGAGCAUUAAGUAACUUUAAUUUUAAAGAAACAUAAAUUUGUUCUGCCAUUUUAGACAAGACAUUUUAUAAAACAUAAAUAUAAAUAUAGUAUAAAUGUGUUUUCAAAAGCUAUCCACCAAUAAUAAAUUUGAAACAAAUGUAGUUUGUUAAAAAACAAACAUUUUACUUGAUUUAGGCCUAUAUUAUCCAUAGGCUGUAAUUAAUAAAAGGUUUUUUGAUAUCUGUUUAUUUAGUGCUGUGAUUUUAGCCAUGGUGGUCCUAUGAAUUGACCUUUUUGUUUCGGUUAAAUAUCACACUCUAAAUAACUUGAAUUUUACAAAAUUAAAAACAGUUCGAUCAAUCUGCUUGGUAAACCUAUGUAUACACUUUGAUAAUUUUUGUUGAAAUAUUUUUCUAGGUAUCAAAAAUAUGCUAAAUAAUGGUGCUUAUGAUGCUGCCUUCCCACUCCAUGAGGUAAAAUUAUUUUUCCAUAAUUAAAAAAAAAAAUUAAAGAAAAGUUAAUAUUGUAAGGAACCUUGCUUACACUCCGACUAACUUCAUCUCUGGUACUCAAUAAGUAAACAACUCCGGUGAUACAUUUGAUGAGUAAACUCGUGUUCUUUAUUGGCUCUGUCACUUGCUUACACUUUCAUUCAUCUCACAGCUCUGACUGCCCUCCUCCUCCUCCGUCCUGUUCUCCCCCUCUCUCUGCUCUCUGUCCUUUUCUCCGUCACCAAUCUAACCGUCCCCUCUUAUAGGUCCACCAGCCAACCAAGGCGUCGCUAGAGAUUACUCCCCCUACCUUCUUAAGUCUUGAUUCAUCCGCUACGCGCCAAACACCUGGACUGAACUCUGCCGUGGGUUUUGCCCCUCAUCCCUGCCCGCUGCAUUCCUCGCCUUUUACCCCGCUCCGCUGACCUCCAUUGUGUUCCACGUCUUAAUUUAUGUGCUACCCGCCAAACACCUGGACUGAACUCUGCCGUGGGUUUUUCCCCUCACCCCGUCCACCUGGACUGAGGCUGAACUCUCUACAAUAUUGUGUCUUCUGUAAUCGUUAUUUUAGAAUGAGAUGUUUGAAUACUUAAAAAAUGUAUGAUCAUUAUUAGGCUUGUAAGAAAUUUCAUUUAUUUGGAAUCAACUAAGACUAAAUUCAUAUAACUUUAAAACCCAUCACUUAAAACUCCUGAAAAUAAUGUCUUUAUGCCAAAAAUACAAACAGCUGUAACAUAGUUUUCCAUGUUUCUCUUUAAAAGCAAUGUUUACUUUAUUUCUUAUAAUAUUUUAAAUGUUUCAGGGUGAGUACACCAGUCAACAUUCCCUACUGACAAGAGGGGCGGAGAAUCAAAGACAUGUACGAUUUUUACCUGAAUUUUGUUAAAUUUAACAUAUUUUUAAAAUUUGUAUUAUUGUACUACCUAAUCAAAACAUUUACCUGUUCUUGAUUCCACCAAAAAUACAUUUGAUUCUCUCCCCAAAGCCAUCUGAUAAAUAUCAAUUAGAAGUCAAUAAAAUUUUAUUUAAAUGGAUUGCAAUCAAGUGUCCUUAUAUAAAUAAUACCAACAUUCUACAAUAAAAGAGCCUGAACAGUAAAGUUAAAUACAGUCAUGAUAAGUUUUAAAAUAACUUGAUACAAAAAAAUGUUUUUGUUAAUACUGUCACUGUUAUAUUCACAGUUGUUAUAUGAAACAUGGGCCAAGCCAGGUGCAUGGUACAAGUUUCAACCUCUAGACCACAUCAGGUGAGGAUCUGGAAAGUUCUUGUAUUUUUUAAAUUUUAUCAUGUCAUGAUUAGAAAUAGAUAUUACUGAAAUCUUGAUAUAAAUAAGUAGAUUAUGUACCGUUCAAUAACAUCCAGUGAAGGAUCUAAAAGGCUAUUAACUUCUAGAUGGGCUAAUCAAUUGCUCUUUCAAAACCAUCACUCAUUUGUUUAUUGCCAACAUCCUACUGUAUUGCCAACAACCUAUUAAAUUGCAAACGUCCUAUUGUAUUGCCAACAUCCUAUUGUAUUGCCAACAACCUAUUGUCCGUAGAAGGAAACUGUAUGAAUCAUUGUUUUUCAUUUUGUAAAUAUCUGUAACAUAAUGACAGAGAGUGUGGGUGUGGUGGGUUUUUUUUAAUGAAUUUUUUAUGGUUCAGUAAUUUUAAAUGAUUGUAUCAUGAGUUUUUAAAUUUCUGUUCCAAUAAUUUAUCCUCAUGUAUCAGACUGUAUUUUGGAGAAAAAAUCAGCAUAUACUUUACAUGGCUUGGAUACUACACUGGUUUACUUAUCCCUGCUGGUCUUGUUGGUCUGGCUAUCUUUAUCUAUGGUUGUGCAAGGAUGCCCUUCAAUGAAGCCAGGUCAGAACACCCAUAUAUUUUGUCUUUCAUUAACAAAUGCUGUGCUGUAUGAUGUUUUUAAAAAUUUGAUUCAUUUUAAUAGACUGGUAGCUCAUAUUCAGUACUCUGUGUUAUGAGAAUCUGUAUUGAUGCUGGUACCAAACAGAAUUUAAUCCAGUAUGUUAGUUUAUAAUUUAGCCAUCUUAUAAUAAUUUAAACUGUCGGCUUUAUUGAUUUUUUUGAGUAUGCGCUUCUCUCUCUUUUAUGUUUUUAUUAAUGUGUUUACAAAAUUUUUUUGAUGCUGAAAUGUUUACAGCAAUGACAUUUGCUCUGACUCUGGUCCUGGCAACUUUACAAUGUGUCCCCUUUGUGAUGGCCGGUGUGAGUACUGGCGGCUCAAGACAUCUUGUAUAUAUUCAAGAGUUACCUAUCUUUUUGACAAUGAGGCUACAGUGGCUUUUGCUGCCUUCAUGGCUCUUUGGUGUAAGUUAAUGAUUUUAAAGUUGUUUUCUCUUUUAAAUAAGAUGAAUUUAUUCAAGAGUUGUUUUUUGAGGAAAAAGAAAUUAAGUAUAAAUCUUAAUUUUCCAUAUUUUAGUUUAAUAAUAAAUAAAAUUAAUAUUUAACAUCUGCCUAUUACUUUUUCUUUAAAAUAUGAAAAUUAGCAUUUGAUUGUUUAAGUUUUCUUAAUUUUAUAAUCAUACUAAGCACAUGAUAAACUGUUUUGAGCUUUGGAGACCUUUAUUACUUGGCUAUCAGCUGUUUUAUUUCCUCAUAAUAUUAGCCACAGUUUUUCAUGAAAUGUGGAAGAGAAGAGCAGCAGAAAUUGAAUAUGAUUGGGAUGUGGCAGACUUUGAGGAAGAGGUAGAGAAAUUUAAAUGAGUCUUUCUUUAUUUGUUUGUGCUUAUUUUUCAGAUUUUAAAAUAAAAUUAUUUUCUUUUUUUGUGUGGAUAUUUUAUUGAGUAGCUUUCUUUACUUCAAGAAUAAUAGUAUUAUUUUACAUUUAUUUUCUGUUUAGACAUUGAAAUUUUAAAUAUUUGUCAAACAUAAACAUAAUUUGAGUGGAUCAUGCUAAUAGAUUUUUAGAAAUGUUAAAUUUGAAACCAACAAACCCAACAGUGAGAUACUAUAGUAGACUGCUUUAGAUCCAUUGAAUGAAAUAUUAAAACAGUUUAUAUGGGAUAGUGGUAGCUUGAAUAACAAAUUACUCAUAUAUAACAAGUUACUGUAGUUGUCUCUUAACAAUAACUAAUAUAAUAAAACCAAAUGAAUUCUAUGACCUAUUGAAAGCACACUACAUUUUUUCCUUUGAGUACAUUCACUAUUAUUUUACACAGUAAUGUCCCUUUCUAUUUGAUGUUUGUCAUCAUUUUGGAGAAUAGCAGUAUUGAAUUUGAAAUAUUUAAAACUUAAUUUUAAAAAAUUUUAACAAUUUUUCAGGAAACUAUCAGACCUGAGUAUGAGGCCUCUGUGAGACGAAGAAAAGUUAAUCCAGUCACCAAGGUAAACAAUGUUUUCAAAGUUUAAACUCAAUAAACAGAGUAUGUAAAUAAUUUAAUUUUUUAGUUUAGUAGCCACAGAAACGUUAUACUACAUAACACAUUAAUGGGAUAGGUGCUUGCAUGGUUUCAGAGUUUUUAAGAAACACUUUGCAGUUAAUGGGUAUAUGAAAAGUAACAAUUACUAAUUAAUGUUUACAUAUGCAUGUUUUUAUUGGGGUUUAGGAAAGCCCUUUGUUUGGGUGUAUUUUAAAUGCAAUUUUUGUUCCUUUAAAUUAGAUUUAGUUUUAGUACAGUUAUUAAGCCUACUACUACCAUCAGAUGUUCACCAUAUUGUUUUUUGACACAAGUAGAUUAGAUAAUGUAACUUGAAAUAUAAAUGUUACACGCAACAGUACUAAUAUUAUGCAAAAUAGUGCUCAGCUAAAAAAUACAUGGAGCAUACAUAUUAUUUGUAUCUAGGUGAACAUUAUUUUAAAUAUUAAAAUUAUUGAUUUUCAAUUUGUUUUAUAUUGUUAUUUCUGUCGCAAUGGUUUCUCUAGGUAAAACUUUACCAGUUUAAAUUAAUCAAUAUUAUGAGGUUUAGGAAACUCCACCGCUACAUAACUCGGUGUAGUUUUAGAAGCUUCCUAACAAAUCAGUGAUCAGAGUCAAAGUUGUCAGCUCUUAGUGACAUUAAAAGGCCAUUGUGGCCAAGGUCGUAUUGUCUUAUGCCAUUCAUUUCAUACUUUCUCUUUUGAAAACUGGACCAUAUGCAUUGGUCUGCAUCUUUUUAAUUUUUUUGUUAAGUUAAUUAUUUAGAUUCAAGAAAAACUUGGCACUGAUUUGAAAAGACAUAAUUUGUCUUCUUUAUAUGUGUUUUUAAACAUCUGAUAACCAGUUAGUGUCCUAACAUGGGGCCAUGCAUUCCAUUUUUAUUGCAAAAACCAAAUGUCAUUUUCAAAAUAAAUAGAACGACAACAGGCACAUUGUGGAGCUUGAGGUAGGCCUAAUAUUUCCGUUUUCUGAUUUGACAGCUGCUGUCCUGUCACUGCUAGUAUUUAAUUUGUUUUACCCCAUGUCUUUUAAAGAAUAUUUCUGUCUAAAACCUUACAUUCUCAGAGUUGUUAUGCUGUGAACAAUUGUUGGUGGAAAAGUAUUUGUUGAAAUAUUUCUUCAAGUAUACAUGAUCUUCAACACAGUUGGCCGACCAAUCUUAAAUGUUUAUUUAUCAUAUUUGAACUCUAGAUAUUUCUAAUUCAGCAGUAACUCUAUAACCUACGAUCCAUUAGAAACAGGAGAUGACGUAUGAAAUUUUCAUUAAAGAUGAUUAAUGUUAUGUAAUGUUAUAUCUAGUGGAUAUACAUAAUUUUAAUAUUUAAAAUCUUCCUCAUUUAGAGAAACCAGUUUUUACUAUAGUCUGCUUCAAUAAUAAUUGAACAAAUUACAAACUUAAACAUUGAAUAACCAGUAUAUUUAAAUUUAACCUAGUGAUUACAAUAUUUUAGUGUUGUCACCAAUUUUAAAGCUUCAUGGGGUAUAGGUAAUUUUUAUUCUGGUCCAUUUUUAAAAGUAGAGUUUCAAAAUUAGUAAAUGAUUAUUUCUAAGAUUCCUUAUUUAGAAAACCAUACACAUGUCAAAUAUUGCAUGUGGCUUUACUCCCAAAAAAUCAGGUUUGCUUUUUUUUUUUGUUUAAAAUUCAUAUCAAUGACUUCUUAGCAGAUAAUGUGUAGAACAAUUUUUGAAUUAUUUUGGAUCCCAAAAUACACAACAUUUCUACUAUUUGCUUUCCAGAAACAUGUUCACAUCCUUGUUAAAAAAUUAAACUUAUUGCAUAAGAAUUUGAUGAUCUAUCAGUUCUACUUUAUCCUGAAGUCUGUUAGUUUUCCUUUCAUGUGUUUAUUUACCUCACAGUAUUCAUGAGGAUGAAAAUGCACUGAUUUCUAGAAAAAAUAUCAAAACUGAAUAUUAGAUUUAAUUUGUCUGUGUCUUUUAAGUUUCAAUAUACUGAUGUGCUAUAUUUCUAAAUAUUUUAAUGUAAGCUAUUUUUUACUUACUUUGGGGAGAAAAAAAUAAUGCAUUUCAGUUAAUUUCAGAUGUUAUGAAAGUAUUAUUUAGUUUAUGACAAUGUGUGUGCUGAUAUGUUGCAUAGAUUAUCUAAGGUAACACUUCGGAUUAAAUAGACCGUGGCUCAGAUUGAAAAUUUGGAUUUAUUUUAUCAAUUAUAUAAAAUGAUAAAAAUAUUUGUAAUUUUAAAAAAAUAACUGUAGACUGUUUUAUUCUCUGUAAAUAUAUGUUUUAUUUUGUCAAGUAAUUAGAUGCUCAGAUGAGUUUAUAGUGAUACAUCCUUCUAUAUGCAUGAAUAAUUGUGAUAUGUUUCCCUGAUAUACAUAUAUUUUUUUAAAUUUUGUGUUACUACAAUAAGUUUGUAGCUAUCUUAAUUAGUCACAAACAUAAUCUGGAAUACAAAUUUUUUUUAGCUAUCAAAAUUUUUUGUGAUAAUUCUAUCCUUUAAAUGUUGUAAUUUUGGGGGAAUGGAUCAAAAUACAAAAUAGGGUGACGUCUUUUGUGGAUAUACUCAUUCAACUUAAUCUUAUUAUAUUUAUAAAUUGUGGAAGAACACUUUAAUACAACUUCAUGAUAUUUCAGGAAAAUACAGUCAUUAAAUUCAUCUUGCUUUCUUUUUAUUAUUACAGAAUGGACCCGUAAGAGAUUGAUUAUUAUCUGAAAUAAAUUGUUCUAAAUAAAAAAUAGUGCCAGUCCCCUGCAUGCAUAUACUAUUUAAAAUAAAUUUUUAGCUUCAUUAAAAUAUUCUGCAAAACAAAGAAUAAAAUAUAUAAAUUUGGAAUAAAGUGUGCCUGCUGUUUCCAACAUCAAUUUUAUUAUCAAUGUUUGACAUGUCAGAAUUUAAUAAAAUAACCAACAGUUUCCAUAUCAUUUUUGAAAGGACUUGGAAAACUAAGUUAUCAAUUUUCUAAUGUAUUGUAUGCUUAUCCCUGCUUUUUUUAAAUCCUGAAAUUCCCUCCCUUGUAUUUAGACAAUGCUAAGCAAUUUUUUUCAGACAAAUUUGUAUUGCCAAAAAUUAUAUAUUUUAAAACAUUUUGAAUUUCCAGAUGUCUCCAUGGUUUAAGAAAUUCAUUUUCGAGAGCAUAUUAUGAAUAAAAAAUUAAAUAUUCCUCUUAUAUGUCUCAUUUAGUGUACCGGUAUGUUUGAUUAGAAGGAUCAAAGUAAACGUUAUAAUUAUAACUUUUGCUCUCUAUUCCAUGUGGUCUUCUUGGGGUGGAAAAUUUAAAUUAAGAAAAAAAACUAUUUUUAAUUCCAUAAAUUUUAGAAGCAAAGGUCAUGCAACUGAAGUUUGAUUCUGUCCUAUUAAAACAAAAAAAAAACUUUCUUUACCUUGUGUUUAUUUACCCUAUUUUUUUAUCUUCAUAAAUUAUUUUAUUUUAUUUUCAAAAGAACAACCCAUUUUUUAGGAAAAAACAAUAUUGAUAUUUAGUAAACUUAUAGUUAAAAUUUUAAAAAUUAAAUUGUCUUAUAUCAUAUUUUAGUGUAACAGAUCAACGUUUAUUAAAAUUUUUUAAAUUUCUACUUUUAAUGAAAGAUCAUUAGCAAUUCUACUAGCUGUAUGUUACAAAGGGGCCUUAUAUUGUACUCCAGGAAAUCAACAUGUUAAAUUAAAAAUAACCUACGCUAUAUUAUGGUUACAACUUUAUAGUUCUAAAACAUGUUUAAAAUCAGCUUUGGAAAACAAAGUUAUAAAGCUGAGUAUUGGCUGAUUGAUAUUGAAAGUAGAAAAAAAAAACGGGUGAUAGAUAAAAGAACAACUUAGAAUCUUCUUAUUUAAACUAUAAAUUAAUUUCAAAGUCCCUUAUCAACAGCAGCAAGUGCAAUUGUAGCAUGAUGCCAAAAGGAUGCCACUGAUCUACAAUGCUUAAUUGUGCACCUAUUAUUACUAUUACAUAGUAGUAGACUUAUAAUUUUAUUCAAAGCACACCAUAUUAAAAAUAUAUUGAAUAUUUCAACUUUAAAUUUACAAUCAUGUCUACUUAUCAUAGGAUCAUUAUUUUAUUAUUUAUAAAAUAUAUUUUAGGGUCUUUUGUUAGACUUUUUUUUACAAACAGCCGAAUUUGUAAUAGAUUCUUAUGGCAAUAAAAUGUGCAUAUUUAUUAUUAAUUUGACAAAACACAAUCAAAGCUUUUGUUUCUUAGACCCCAGUGCUUUAUUUAAAACAUCUCCUUUUAUUUUUAAUUAAGUUACCAAAAUAUAAAUAAUUUUUUGUAGCUGAUUCCAGAUAUGAUAAUAUUGACGUUUGAUACAAAUAUAGUACGCACAAUGUUAAUGCAAACUGAACUUUCUGAAUAGAAUUGAAAUUCAAAUCUUUUCUUUUGCUUUGAUUAAGAGGUUAUGCCUAAAUUAUGGAAGUCAGUAUUUAAUGAAAGAUCUUGAACAUCUCAUUGCCAGGUUUAUGAAGCUUCAAAUAGUUUAUAUAAAGGCAACAUGGAUUAUUCUUUAUCUAAUGGUCCACAAAAUAGACAGAGAAUGAAAUACUAUUUAAAAUUAAGUUCUUAGAACUCUGUUUAAUGACGUAUUAGUAAUUUUUACAGUUAUCAAUACAUUAAACUCCAUCCCUAUUAAUAAUAAAAAGUUUUUUUUUUACUUUUAAAAAAUAUUAUAACCAAAAAAAUUCAAAGUUACUAAAAAUGCAAAGAUAAUAAUAGGGGGAAAUGUACAGGUAUUAAGACUUUCUAUUUAUAUUUUUACUAUCCACAACAGUAUCUAAUCUUAAACUAUGUGCUUGUGUUUUUAAAAAAAGAAGAAAUUAUUUAUUUUUCAGGCAGAAGAACCACGGCUAAGUUUUUCCUCUCGUGUGGUGCGCAUUUUUUCAUCCCUGUGGGUUGUCUUAUUUAUGGUGAGAUUUUUCAAUCUAUUUCAUGAUAUUAGAAUAAAUUAUAUAUCAUUGAAUAUCGUAGAAAUUAGUUUUUAACUUUUUGAUAAAGAAAGUUAGAAGCUGUGAAAGAAACAUUGUAAUUGUAGGUGAUAAAUAUUUAUUAUUUUCUUUUUUAAAAUUUAACUUCAAAGACCCUUAAGUUAAUGGUUAAGUUUCAAUUAUUAAUUUUUAUUAGAGUUAUAUAAUCUUGAUUUGUAAAGUUAAAAUAAGGCCUAUCACUUCUAAAUAAAAAAUGUUUGCUACUUUAAAAAUAUUACACUAAAAUAAUUUUAUUAAUUACAUUUUAACUAUUUUAGCAUUAUUUUAAAAUUUUUGUCAUUUUAUUAUUUUUUGUGGGUUUUGUUUUUGGGGGUAAAAUCACUACAUUCGAAAAAAGUUUGUAAAUCACCUUGAAAUACAGAUUUGGCUCUUUAUUACAUUUAGUAUUCAUGUUUCUCUUAACAGCUGUGUAUUGUGCUGGCAGCUGUGUUUGGUGUCAUUGUGUACCGCAUGACAGUCUCAGCAAUCUUGUAUGCAGUUGAUCAGCACACAAUAAAGCAAAGGGCUGGCAUUAUAACAUCCAUCACAGCUUCCCUUAUUAAUCUGAUUAUCAUCAUUCUGCUGGGAAAGGUCUAUCAGUUCAUUGCCCAGGUAUUGACAAACUUUGGUAAGUCCAACUAAUAUGGUUCUAAGGCAAAUUUAAGGUACAACUAUAUCAUUAUCAUUAAUCAUUUACCCUCUUCAGUGGGAUAGGAAGAGGGUUGCAUAGAGGGUGAUCUGCCCCAGGCGGCACUUUUUAACAACUCUGGAUUUUGUACAAGGUUUUUAAAGUUGGUAGAAAGCAUUUUUUUUUAAUGUUUCUCUAAAAUUAUGGUUAACCUCCUUAAAUGAGAAGAAAGAUUAGCAAAAAUGGAAUCUGUUAUCUAAUUCAAAACAAACAUUAGUGUACAAAAUUGUUGUACCUUGAUGACUUGUGUUAACAUAUGAAUGAAACAACAGAAAUAAGACAGGAAAAGGAGAAAAUAGUUCAGUAGUGUUAGCAAAUUGAUACAUUUUUUUCAUUGCUUAGGGAGCAAGUUCAUCAUAAAAUAAUGCAAUAAAUAAACUUUUCACUUAUGGAGAAUAGAAAUUAAAUCAACUCUAAAAAAUAUUCAUCUCUGAUCAUGGUGCAUGAAAAAUGGGACAAAUUUUGUAUUUGGAUUUAAAUAAUGCUUCCAAACAUAAGUAAAAAAAUAUUAAAUUUUUUAAAUUUGAAAAGCUCUGUCCCAGACGUUGAUCAAUUCUCAAGUUGAUUUUUAAGGUUUAAAUAAAGUGAAAAGAAAUUUCAUCAUCAUUAUGAGAUUAUAAAGCAUGUAUAUUCCAAUGAACCAAUAAUUUCAUAUGAAAUUAAUUUUUGUACUUAAUAGACUAGCAUUAUUGUUUCCUUGACAAAAAGGGAACCAUUAUAGUUAUUAGUGCCCUAUAAUUUAUUUUUGACUUUCAGAAACCCACAGGACAUUGACAGAAUGGGAAGACAGCUUCACACUAAAAAUGUUUCUGUUUCAAUUUGUGAAUCACUUUGCCUCACUAUUUUACAUUGCAUUUUUCAAAGGGAGGUGAGUACCACUGUUUUUUUCAAUGAAAUCAAACAAUCAGAAUGGCUAAAGAUAAAUAAUUUUCAAUCAAUAAGAUAAAAUACAUAUUUUUUUUAACAUCACUAGAAUUUUGUAUUCAGUUUUUUUUAAUCUAUCCCAAUUUUAUAGACUUGUUGGUCGCCCAGGACAAUACAACAGGGAUAUAAAUAAUUCAAGACAAGAGGAGGUACAUUUUCCUAAAAAUAGAAUAGGCCUACUAUUUUUUUGUAAAGUUAAUUAAAAAUUUUCAAGCAAUUUUUUUUAAAAUUAUGAUUUUAAGACAUUGUUAUUUCUUUUAAAUAUCUGAUCUCAACAUCUACAUAUUCUCUUUCUAAGUGUGAUCCAUCAGGCUGCUUCAUAGAACUCUGUAUCCAGUUGGCCAUUAUUAUGGUGGGAAAACAAGCAUUCAAUAACUUUAAGGAAGUUAUUUUUCCGUAAGUUGAAGUUAGUUGCUGUUAUCAAAUGAAACUAUAAUACUUGCUCAUUAUUAGAAACUUUUGAAUGUUACAAAAAAAAAUUCAAGCUUUUCUAAUAGCAUUUGACUGUUUUGUAUUUUAUAUUUCGUUCAUCAUAAUUAUUAUUUUUUGAGGAUUGCAAUUUUUUAAUAAAAUAUUAAUUUCAUUCUAAUUUAUCAAACAAAUUUAAUCAUGCAUCUACUAAAAAUUUUAUAACAAAGCAAAGAAUUGAGGGUUUCUAUGACCUGGGCUAAAUUAUCUCAUAUUUAGAAAAGUCAUGAACUGGAUCAAAUCCCGCAAAAUGAAAGAAAUCGAGAAGAAAAAGCAUGAAAAAGUUUCACAAUGGGAAAAAGAUUAUGCCAUGGACACUAUGCCAGACCUUGGAUUAUUUGAUGAGUAUUUGGAAAUGGGUAAGUUUAAGUUACAAAGUAGUGUGUGAAAACCAUUUAUUUCCUUGGACUUAUUGAGUUUGCUUUCAAAGAUAAAAAUAUUUAAAUUAAAAUUACAGCCAAAGAUCAAUGCUGAAUCUCAUUUAUUUUAAAAACUGAAUAUCCUUGGUACACCAAAUAGAGAUAAAAUUUCUUAUGAGAUUUGUAAGUACAUUUUUACUUAAAAUUGAAAAGAAUUUUUGCAAUUCAAUUUUUAUUUAUUUGUACGAAACAUUCGUGAAAAAAUGAUUCAUGACAAAUUACCUUUAAAAAAUGUUUAAAUUAACCAUUAAAAAAACUACAAUUUAAGGUUUAAGCAAUGAGGGUGGCUCAAAGUAUGAGGAUAAUUUUAAAUUACUGGUGACCCACCAUUUGAUCAUUUUCACCAGGUAAGUGAUUUAUUUAACCUGAAAAUCGUGACUUUAUUUCUUAUGCAUCUUUCUACAGUGAUUCAAUACGGAUUUGUCACAAUAUUUGUAGCAGCAUUUCCGCUAGCCCCACUGUUUGCUCUUAUUAACAAUGUUGUGGAGAUAAGACUAGAUGCCUACAAGUUUGUCACACAGUGGAGGCGACCUCUAGCCAUGAGGGCUCAAGAUAUUGGUGAGUUUGGAUUUAUUUAUUAUUCAAAACUUCUUUAAUGUAGGUAUGUUACAGAAAGCAUCUUUAUCCCUUGCAUUUUAUAUUAAACUUUUGAAGAUAUAGAAAUAUAAUCAUUCUACUUGCAAUUUCACAGGUAUAUGGUUUGGAAUUUUGCAAGGAAUCUCAAAAGUGGCAGUCCUAUCUAAUGUAGGUUUUAUAUUUCUCGUUAAAUUAAAUUAUUACUAUUCAUGCGUUUUUCAUUUAAAAGUAUAAAAUACUUGUGGUUAAUUGUAAAAUAGUAUAAAAGGCUAAAACUUUUUCCUCCAGUGUUCCAUUUAUGGCAUUUGCUUAUAUAUUUUUUUCUAUCCCAAAGGCUGUCAUCAUAGCAUUCACCUCAGAAUUCGUCCCAAAACUUGUUUACCAAUAUGUAUACAGCAGAAAUCAGAACCUUGAUGGCUAUCUUACUUUUAGCCUUUCAACAUUCAAUGUUUCUGACUUUGAAAAAGAGAGUCUUCCAAAUUCUUAUGAUGUUAAGGAAUUUGGGAAUGUGACUCACUGCAGGUUAGUACGGUCAAUUUUAAGUCUUUCAAAGUUAUUUCAAGAAAAAUGUUGAGAAACAUUGUUGAGGGUGAUAUGAGGGAUAUCUCAUAACUUUAUAAGGCUAUACAAAAUUGCAUUUUUCACUUAAAUAUUUCAUAGAAGAAAGUGAUGUUUCAAUUGAUGAUAUCUCAUUUUGUUACACCCAAAAUUGUGUAAAACUGUUAAUAUAUUAGGCCCUAGUGAUAAUUAUUUAAAAUAUAUCAUAAGUCAUGCCUUGCAUUUUAAUGAAUGGAUAAAGAUUCUUUUUACUUUAUUAUUUCUGGAUAAAUCCUAAAAUCAGACUAAUUUUAUAGUACAAGGACUGUUUAUUAACUUAGUAUAAAAGGGAGCGUAUUACAGACAUAUGAUGGAAAAGGCAAGUUUGAAUGAAUUUGUAAAUAGAAAAAGAUGAAACAAAACUAGAAAUGUUUUAGGGAAAAUGCCUUCUUUAUGGAGGAACCAAAACAAAGUGCACAAAGUAGUUUCCAUUCUUAAAAUUAGAAAGAAAUAAUAAAUGUGAAACAAAGUAUGGGAAAACCUGUAAAUAGGAUGCAAUAAAACAAUGAAUGUGUCUGCAAGAAGCAAUCUCCAGCGAACAAACAACCAGUAAUAAAAAUAUAUAAAUGCAAAUAAACACGUAGCUGAAAUGUAUCCUAGGGGACAUCAAGAGGAAAGUAUUCUGCUCUACAAAAUUAUUGAAGAAGGAAUGUGGAGAAAGAGUGAAAUAUUUGUUAAAUACCAUUCAUGUUAGGCCAUACAUGUUUUAAGAAGGAUAGACUGAUGUCUCUGUAUCAGAUAUCAAAAGCUGAGGUUUUAUUAGCCUAUGGAAAAGGCUUUUAUAAGUUAUUUCAGAUUAUAGUUUCGCAUUUAAAAACUCAUUCAAGAUGUAGUGGUGUUAGUAGUUAAUCUUAUAGGGAUGCAGGGUAGGGGGCCUUCCACUAAUAGUCUUUCAGAAAGAGCAAGGUCUUUAAUGUAAGUUGAAUCAUUAGUAUUUUAAGUUAUAUUAAUAAGACACGAACAAAUUGUGUCAAUAGAACAAUAUGAGUUAGCUUUAAUAAUAAUUGUACAUUAUACAGAAUUAAACGUUUCGGCACAUGCCUUCAUCAGUACAAACAAACACAACACAUUUAAAUAAGUAUAAAUUAAAUUUACAUAAUGUCAAUAUAUAUAUNUAUACUUAUUUAAAUGUGUUGUGUUUGUUUGUACUGAUGAAGGCAUGUGCCGAAACGUUUAAUUCUGUAUAAUGUACAAUUAUUAUUAAAGCUAACUCAUAUUGUUCUAUUGACACAAUUUGUUCGUGUCUUAUUAAUAUAUUUUAAAGCUUUAUUGCAGUCCAACACUUUUUAUAGUAUUUUAAGACAAGGUGCAUUUUUUAUUUUUUGAGUGUAACAAGUUCAAAAUCAUAGUUACACCACUUCUGAAGAUUACUUCCUAUACUUCAUGUCUGAUGCUUUUUUAUAUAUAUAUCUACUCAUUAUAAUUUUUUAAAUAAAAUAAUUAGUACGUAUUAAUAAAAGAUUUGUUAAAUUAAGAAUGAAAAAAUAAAUGAGAGCUUUUUUAAAAAAAACUUUUAAACUUAUGAGUGCUUUUGUCGUUUUUUCUCUAAUGUCAGAUAUCGAGAUUACAGAAGUUCAGAUAGCCCUUAUGAUUUAACUCUGCAGUACUGGCAUAUUCUUUCAAUAAGGCUGGCUUUCAUACUUAUCUUUGUGGUAAGACCUUAUUAGUUUUUCUUUUUGUUUCACAUGCAUACAGGUACUUAAUAUAACCCAUGUAAUGUUUUUAUGAGGAUAAUGAUAUAGUUAAAAAAUUAUAAUUAUGGUAUACAAUGUAUGAAUAUGAUCAACAACUUUUUUCACAUAUGUUUUCAGCUAUUUGUCUGGAUACUUUCCUGGUUGAUUGGUUACAUGGUACCCGAUAUCCCUCGAGCUGUUAAACUACAGAUACUGAGAGAAAAAUAUUUAGCCAGAGAAUCAAUCCUGGAGUCGAAUUCUAUGAAUAAAAAUACAAGCAUUCCUUCAAGACACUCAGACAAUGAAAAUGGGACAACAAAAAAUGGUGUGAGAGAAAGAAAUAUAGAUAAAUCACAUCCUCUAUACUAAAAGAGCAUUGAACGACAAACAUAAAGUGACAAAAACUGUAUUGAAGUUCAAAUUGUAUAAUAUUACAGCUAGCCAUAUAGUUUUAAACUCGUUUUGGGGAAAUUUAUAAUAGCUCAAAAACUGAUAUAUUUUAUAAGGUAUAAAUUAAUUUUUCAUAAAAAAAACUCCUUGAAAGCACAAAUAAGUAAUAACUGUAGUUUCAUAAUAAUGUGUGAUGGGAUCUUUUCCCUAAAAUUAGUAGGCUACAUCUAAAUAUUAGUUUGUUAUAACUUUUUCAAAAUUAAAACCUGGAAUCACAUAUGCCUUAAAUUGUUGCUUUGUAUAAUAUAUAUUUUUUUUAGGACAGUAGAUCUUUGUGGACAACUCUUGAUACUUAAUGUUACACAAACAACUCUUUCAUGUUACAAAGCUUGUUCAUGGAUACAUAAAUCCUGCUGGAGUCCUAAGAAAAGUUUCUAGGUGAUGCCAAAUGUCUGUAGGCUUAUUGCACCCCCUCAGUGCGUGAUUAGCCACAAAAAUAAUUUCUAACUAGGGCUUAACCGAGUGCAGUUUUUUUACACUGGGUCCGGUUAUUUUGAGAUAAUACCCUGUUGGUUGAAGUGUUGCCAAAAAAAGUUAACUUCUCAUUUUCUAUAAUAUAUGCUGCCCUUUAAACAAUAGUCCUACCAACAGUCCUACACCCUAUUCACCGGCCUUAAAAUAAUAUUCUUACAGACAGUCCCACACCCUAAAAUUUAAAGCAAUAGUCUUACAGACAGUCCUAUACCAUUCCUGUGGCUCUUUAUAGAUUAAUAUAAAAUUUGCCUCCCCCUAAAGAAAAAAUCAACCUGAACAGAGAGUUCAGACGCAUGAAAGCUCACUGUGGGAGUUUUUUUUUUCUCACUCAGUACUAUUAAUAUAAAAGUUGUGGGGAGCGCAGGUUGUGAAGAGGAAGUAGGACACACUAGAAGCAAAAUAUUUAUAAGAGAUGCCGGUAUGAGUCAUUUAGUGCCCAGUUCAGUCAUGCUGCCAUGGGGCAGCUUGUAACAUUUCUACAAGGAAGGUUGCUUACAUGUCAGGUAUUUUAAAAUUUGCUCAUUAUUCCUUCUUGACAGGCUGUAAACAAAUACUAUUGUGUCACCAGAUAUUUUUCUAUUAAUAUAUCCAAGCUUCAUACAAUGUUUACUUCACAGAUUUAUUUGUGGAAUUAAUACAUAAAUUAACAACCUGUUCUUGAUUAUCUUAAGCUUUCAAAAAAUGUAAUACUUGGUCAAUGAUUUGUGUUAUUUUAGUUUUAAAAUAUACUACCGGUACAUGUUAAAUGUGUUGCUUGAAAAAACAAAUCAUACUAAUAUUACUAAUAAUAGUAUUUGAAACACACACACCAAUGUGGAUAACUGAUAAAACUACCGGUGCUAAAAAUAAAAUAAACUUUAUUUAAAAAGAAGACAAUAUUUUAAAAUGUUAUGUACUUUCUUGUGUAUUGUAGUUUUACACCCCUUUAAAAAUAAUUAUUCUCAGUGAUUAUAAAUUUUACCAUUGUUAUAACUAGGUAUUUAAAUAUUUUACUUGUAAAAAGCUGUGUUCUCUAUAAAUAAGCAUGUUUUCUACAGUUAUGUGACUGGAAUAACAGCUCCAAAGCAUUUAUACCUGUCCUAUUCUUUUAAAUACUGUGGUUGAUUUGAUCUGAUCUCUUUGAUUUCUUGGCUGAACACCAAUAGUGUUUCACAAGGAAUGUCUCUGAUACUGAAUUCAAAAAUUUAAGCUCUCCCUGCUUGGGUCCAAUUUUUAUUUUGUUUUAACCUGUGAUUAUAUAUCCAGCUUUCUUAACAUCAUAAUUUACAAUAAGUGCAAUGUCUGAUUUUUUUUCAUUAAUUUUUCUUAAAUAUUUUAGACCAGCAGUUUUCAGCCAGUUUGGAAAAUUUUUACUAAAAAGUAUCUGACAUAAGAAAGUUUAUCUCACUGCUCUAAAUCGUACCACCUAAAUAGUGUGGAAAAUUUGAUGUUGUAAGAUAAAAAAAAAAUUGAAAAUUGCUGUUAAACAUUUUUACUCUAUGAGAGUCUAUGUCUGCCUUACUUAAAAACUUACCACUUAUUUCAUCUAAAUCUAAAAUUCUGUGAUAUUCUGUGUCAAAUUAAUAUCUAAAUGAAACUGUUUUACAACUUGUCUCAUCUAUUAUUUUAUUUUAUGUAAAACUUUAUCAAAUAUUUAUUAUGCAACUCUUAAUAGUAAUAUUUGUUUAAUUUAUUUUUUUUAAUAAUUGAUCAGAAACUUUUUAUUUUUUUUUAUGAUGUAUGGAUUAGAAGCUGUGAGUCUGUAAUUGUGGGUAUUUGUUACUCUAUAGUAAGUGUAUUCUACCUACACACAUUUUCUUUGAACUGGUUCAAUUUACAGAAACGUCUGUAAAUAUAAGUAAUAAAAUUCAAUUAUUUUUUUAAAUUUUAUAAGUAUUAUAUUAUAUGAAAUAAUUUGGGUUGGAUUGAGGGCUGAGAUGAAGUUCAGCAACUGUAACAUUACUUUUGUAUAAUCCUUUUGACAUUUGUUUUUUUUUCGUCUUCCAUGUCACAUGACAUUUAAGAAACAAUCAAAAGAUUAAUGUAAAUAACCACAUUCAUUUCAAAUUUUGGGAGAUGAAGGUUUUAACUAUUUAAUGUAAUAGCUUUGAAUUCAUAUAUUUAUUUGUUGCCCACACGUUUGUAGUUUAGUUGCGUCCCUUAUUUCAGAUUGUUCCCUAACUUAUUUUAAAUUUAAAUAUUUUCUCCCCCCUUAUUAUCCUUUACAAAAAUUAAGAAAUCAUCUCAUAUCUGAAAGCUGAAUUUUUUUUCUGUUGGGAUUAAAAUCUUGAUUCUAUUAAGUACCAGUAUAGUUAAUAGAUACUAAUUUACAAUUCUUUAACUUUAAAUUAAUGCUUUCAAUUUCAAUAGUUGUAACCAAGGCAAGGUGAACAGGGAGUUUUCUGGGGGAAAUUAAGAUGUUGGUAAAAAUUUUCUUUAACAUUCUGAUAUACAACCAUUCCUUUGUUUCUCAAAUCUGGGGCCUUAUGUCUCUUUGUUAUCCUGUAAAAAAUGUUUUGUAUGGAAAAAUAGCAUCUGUAUCAUGGAUAUUGAUGAUUACCUCUGUGCUCUUUUGUGUUAUGUCAAAGCCACAAUGCCACCUAUUUCAAAUGUAAAACCAAUUUGAAUUUUUGUGCAUUUCUUUUAUAAAAUGUAGUAGCCAUAGCACCUUUUUAAAAAAAAAAUUAUAAAUGAAAGCUGCAGAAUAUUUAUGGCUUUAUUGUUUUUUACAAUUAUAAGAAUUAUUUUAUAAAUAAUACAUUACAUGCAUGACUUUAAUUUAUUGUGCCAUUUUUUACUCAGAAGUUUGGAGGGUGUCUUUAAGUUUAAAAAGUUUUGAAAUAUUGAUUAAUUAUUAUGUUCUUGUAUUUUUAUUAUUUGUACCGCUCAUCAAUCUAACUGAUAAAAACUUUUCAUUGGUGUGUUUUUUUAUUUAAUUCAAAC